AACGACCCUGGCCUUCGGCACUGAUGGAGGCCCUCCGUCGGGCUGACCCGGGGUCGGGGCAGUGCCAGCUGAUCCGGGGUUCGUUUGUUCCUCUGUUUGGCAUUUCAACAGCGUCGCUGCAGCGAGUGGGUGCAGCUGCAGACGCUGUUCCGCUCUGUGGUCAGACGGGGGGUGGGGGUGAUGCUGCCUUCAUCCAUCCCCCACUUCACUUCCUCUCAGAGAGAGAGAGAGAGAGAGGAAAGAGAGACGCAGAGAGAGAGACUGAAGGAGUGGAGGAGGAGGAAGCCAUUUUGGGCCCGGGUGACAUGUCUGCCUGCUCUUUGCUGCCUGCGCUGCCGGACGGACGCUCGCGCAGUUAGACCGCACGACUCGGUUUGGGGAAGUAAAAGCUGAGACGCUCGCAGCUCUUUGCUUUUCUGUCUUUCAGAGACGUCUGAGUCUUCACAGGAAGAGGCGGCGAGGCCCGUUAGUCAGACUGCGGGCUGAAGGAGAACAACGGCGCAGAAACUACGAGCCCGAUCACUUCCUCAGAGGACGAGAAGCGAGCUCAAAGAUCGCCUCUUUCUCUCAGAUGUUAGCGUGCUCUGGGUCUGACAGCAGCCGGGCUGACGUCGUGCCUUUGAGCAUCGAGCAGGAUGAGUUCGGACCGCGUGCCGUCCAGGUCGGACAUGAUGGGGUGGAACCCGCAGCAGCUGGCGGACUACCUGAGAAGGAUGAAUCUGUCCGGCUGUGACAAAGUCGUGCUGAAGCACUCCAUCUCUGGUUCCAGAUUUGUGAAUCUGAGCGACAACGACCUCCAGAAAUUCCCUAAACUUCAUACUCCGAUGAUCUCCAAACUCAACAGUGAAAUCAACAAGAAGGAGAAGAGGGGAGGCUUCUUUAAUAAAAAGACGUCCAAAUAUCAAGAACCAGAAAUCAACUCUGAGCCUCAGGGAUGGGGCGAAGACGAGUUUGACGAUGAAUUUGACGAUGACUACGAGAGUCCGUACAGCGACGAUGACGGCAGCGGGGGAGACUACGAGUCCCCAAACGAUGACCAGGACGCGGGUAACGAUUACGAGCCGCCUCCUUCUGAACCCGCAGAGGACCACAAGCUGUGCCCCCCCCGGCCCAUCGGGGACGGGGAUUACAUUGACAACCAUGUGUCCCGAGGUCAGCCCCCCGCUGUGUCUCCCCGCCCCCCCGUCUCUACGCCACCAUCUCGGAUGCAGCCCAUGGACGCUCGCAGAGACCCCUCCCCUCAUUGUGGUCCACGACCUCCUGGAAAGCUGCCUCCUGAGCCACCGCAGGUCUUUCGUCACAUCAAACCAGGCAGAGGUCCAGGAUCCAACUCGUCCCCCAUCAGAGGACCGAACAACACGCGCGACAAGCCGGGCGGACAACCUUGGAGGCCACCGCAGGAGGAUCCGCCCACCUUUACCAAACCACCUCUGCCCUCCACCAACAUCAACAGGAGCAACUCCUCCGCCCACCUCUCACCCAGCAGCAGGACGGAGAGGAGACCGCAGCUGCCAGACGAAGUGUCAAACAGCAACACUUUCCCCCUUAGCAAGCCUCCCCGGCCCGGACCCCCCGGCCCUCCCACUGGAGACAAAAUGACUGGAUCGCUGCCACACAAACUGCAACCUCCGAUGCCGUCGGGCAGACAGUCAGUUCGUCCUCCUCCAUCUGCAGCAGGAUACACACAGGAGCUGGACCCUCGCUGGUAUGUGGGUAAAGUGACCCGAGGUCAGGCUGAAGGAUGUCUGAAACGAGUCCGCAAGGAUGGGGCGUACCUGGUGAGGGACAGCACCCGGCAGCAGGCGAACCAGCCCUUCACCCUGAUGGUCUACUACCAGGACAAAGUCUACAACAUCCAGAUCAGGCAGCAGAACCAGCAGUUCGUGCUGGGAACCGGACUCAAAGUCCAGGAGUCCUUCCCGUCAGUCAGUGACAUCAUCAGCCAUUAUUCCCAGUCUCCUCUGCUGCUCAUCGAUGCCAAAAACCGGAGCGCCAGCCAGCAGAACCAGUGCAUGCUCUCAGACCCGGCAGGAUACUACAUGGGUGGCCAGAACUGGUCCUGACCGGACUGAACCGGAUCAAACUUGGAUCGAAGCGGCACGGCUGAAUUUUGCAGCAGAGGGAAACGGUUAGAUUUACGAUGAAUGUUCAAACGCCACUAGCGGCUGUGCUAAACGUCUUCCUGUUUCCAGGAAGGCGUGCUGUGUGGCACCAGAGGAAAAUGUUGGAUUUUUGCACAUGUUGCUUCAGUUGUUUGUUUGCCUUUUUGUGUUCCUCAGUUUUUACGGGUUUGUGACAAAAAAAAUGUCCCUUUGAAUCUUAAGAAGAGUUCUUAAAAGUUUUAGCUUGUCUUUGGGAUUUCUGUCAACACUCGAUGACGCUGGGCCAAAUCUACAGCGUUCACUUAAAAUACUUUCAAACUAAGCCGACUGUUUCUGUCAGAGUUUCCUGUACGUCCUCACCUCCACGUAACCUGUGCUUCACUGUUCACCUGUCUGUCCCAGCUGUCCUCAAUAAAACCAUCAUGUGAUGUCA